AUGCCUGCGCCUUCCAAGCAGCGGAAAGUCGCCAUUGUCGGCAGUCGAUCCGUCGUUGCUGACAUUAUCUCGGGGCCCCCUCCUCCAGGCAAAUCCUCGCUCGCCGUCCAGUUCGUCGAUGGCCACUUUGUCGAGAGCUACUACCCGACGAUCGAGAACACGUUCAGCAAGGUGAUCCGGUUCAAGGGCCAGGACUACGCGACCGAGAUCGUCGACACGGCCGGGCAGGAUGAGUACAGCAUCCUGAACUCGAAGCACUUCAUCGGCAUCCACGGCUACAUGCUGGUGUACUCGGUGGCGUCGCUGUCGUCGUUCGAGAUGGUGCAGGUGAUCCGCGAGAAGAUCCUCAACCACCUGGGCACGGACUGGGUGCCCAUCGUCAUCGUGGGCAACAAGAGCGACCUGCGGCCCGAGCAGCGCCAGGUCAGCGCCGACGACGGCCGCAAGCUGGCCGAGAAGUUCAACUGCGGCUGGACCGAGGCCAGCGCCCGCUACAACGAGAACGUCGGCAAGGCCUUCGAGGUGCUGAUCGCCCAGAUCGAGAAGAGCCAGAACCCCAACGAGGCACCGGACGGGGGCAAGUGCCAGAUGAUGUAG